UAAAAUAUGAGAUAUUGAUCCCUUAUUUCUCCUCCAACUCUCCCUUGGAUUCUCCCACCAGAUCUACCUCUCAACUUCAUGAUCCUCUCUCUCUCUCUCUCUCUCUCUCUCUCUGUUAAUAAUCCACUAAGUCCAGUUCCUGUUACCCAUAAGAACAUGCCCACAAGUGCACCAUUCUCUGGAACAGGGACAACCUACAAGUACCCACAUCCCCAAAGAGGAACAAAUGUUCUUUCCCUAGAAACUAACUAGCAACUGCCAAUGGCUCAUCAGUUAGGGAUAGGACCUGGUGAGCUCCUCCCGACUCCAUGCUGGAACUUUGGCUGCCCGGAUCAUGUGCAGGUGAGCACAGCUGCUGUGGGUUUACGAGCACAGCAGUCACAUCAUAUCCAGAAGACAGCAUUCGCAGCUCUGGACCCCAGUCUUACGUGCUUCCCACCUCCCCUUCAGCCAAUGUUCCCCAAGAUGUCCCUCUGUGGACUGAGCACUUCCGGUUGCUUGUUCUUGGCACAUUGACUAGUUAUGGUCUCUGCUUGAGGUCUUUCAUAAGCAAGAACGGCACAAUGUUAUAAUCUUUGGAGACCAGAAGCAAGAAUGGCACAAUGUUAGAAUCUUUGGAGAUUAGAAGUGAGCACAUUGCUGCUCCCGUGCUCUUUUGUAUGCCUAGAGCAGGGAUAUUUUACAGCAGAAACUUAAGGGUAUCAGAGGGAGGCUAAGUAAGGAAUUUCUACUAAAGGAACAUUUUGGAAAAAUCGAGAAGAAAGAGUAAGUAGUAUUUCUGCAAGCAAUCUCAGCAGGCAGCGGUGGGGAUGGCACAGAGGAAGAACAGAGAUGGAGCCUCCUUCCCUCCUCACCUCUGACCCUUAGGCCAGUGACUUCCCUAUUAGUGAUUUCCUUCUGGUGUUUUCUAUUUGUGGCCACUUUUCCGUGAUAAAUCCCCCUCAAAAUUCCAGCUUCCACAUUCACUGCUAGUGCUACUAACAUGUGAAGGCAAGCCCUGUCCCUUCACUCUUGGUCACCACCAUUGAUGAUCUUCUGCCAUCUCUGUCUUGUUUCUCAUGAAUGGUUCUGCUAGUUAGCUUCAGGUAUCACCCCAAUACAGCCCAGAACCAUCCAUCCGUGGGAGAUUCAAUUGGGGGAUUUCCCAGAUCAGAUUGGCUUGAGGCCAUAUCAAUGAGAUUAUCUUGAUUGGUGGCUCUUCUGGGUGAGCCAAGCCCACUAUGGGCAGAAACAUUCCUAGGCCUCAGAUGUAUAAGAACGUUAAGCAGAAUCUGAUGAAUGAGCCAAUAAACAGCAUUCUUCCUUGGUGUUUGCCCUAACUUCCCUCAGUGUUGAACUGUGACCUAGAAAUAUAAGUCAAAUACCUUUCUUCAUCUAAAUUGAUUCUGGUCAGAGUAUUUUGUCACAGCAAUAGAUUCCUUCCUUCCUUCCUUCCUUCCUUCCUUCCUUCCUUCCUUCCUUCCUUCCCUCCCUUUUAAAGCUCGUUGGCCAUCUCCUUCCACUGGAGUGUAUUCUCCAGGGACAAGUACUUCUGUCCCCUCUAUUUACUUCUGUGACACAUGUAGCUAUGAGGAGAAGAUGUCAUCAAGUGGAAUGGCUGGGAGCUUCCUGGACCAGCACCAAGCUCUUCACAAUUCUCCUAACCUGUUCUUGUCCCCACAGAGGCAACUUCAAGGUGACGACUCCAUCAGCACACUGGGCAUGAUCCUUGGAGUGGGACUGUCACUGCUGCUCGUGUCCAUCCUAGGCUACAGUUUGGCCAAGUGGUACCAGCGCGGGUACUGCUGGGAUGGGCCUAACUUUGUCUUCAACUUAUAUCAAAUCCGGAACCUGAAGGACUUGGAGGUUGGCCCACCCUUCACCAUCAGUGGCCACAUGAGCAGCCCGGAUGGUGGCUACAUGAAGUUCUCCAAUGACAGAGUCUGAUGGAGCAGUGACUAGCUUCUGAAGGUCAGGUUCAGAGUGAUGUCUCCCAAGCACCUGGUCUGCUCAGACUUCUGUGACCAUCAUAAUCAUCUCGAUGCUUCUUGAACUGCUUUCACCUGCAUUCAAAUGCUUCUUUGACAUGAAUGGAAAAGUUCUACCCAGUCAUGCGUUCAUUUAUUCACCAUUUAUAGGGUGCUCAUCACCAUGCACUAGCGUUGGCUGGGUGUAGAGGGCACAGAGGUAAAUCAAGAGGUGUUUCUGCCAUCAAUGAGCUGGAAUGAAUGCCAGGUAAAGAACCUUCAAUGAGACGUCAUAGGGAACUAGUGAAAACAGACAAGUUCCAAGACUACUCUCUCUCUGUGACAGAUGAGAAGACCGAGGUAUAGAUCCAUGUGCAAAGAGCUAAUCAUACCUAGCAUCUGGAGAAGCACUCUUUCCAUUCCCUGAGGCUGCCCUUGAGGUCUCUCCAGCCCAAGAGCUUUGCUAUGGUAGUCAGUUAGCCCGAGUGAACAGACAUCACAUGCUUGCCCUAUCUCCACGCCCUCCACUCCAUACAAGGCUCCACAGCACCGGCCCUAUUCCCUGUGCUGACUCUUUGCUGGCCUUAGAUCCUGGGAUCUCACCUUGUAUUGGCUGUCAUAGACUCCAUGUCUGAGGCUUCCCACAUCCACCUAGCAUAAUUAAUAUACCACAUUCUUUACCUCUUUCCAGUGAGUCCAGCAGGUGCGUACCCAGCAGCCACAAGGUAUUCCACACCGUGGCAGCUGCAUGGGGCACCAAGAGUGACACAUAGUGACAGGCCACAUGUUGGAAGCACACACAGGGUCUGAGUGGCUCAGAGGGGCUCUCCAGAGGGCACUUUGGCAGCCUUGAAACAGCAAAGUGGAUGAAGAACAUAUGGGGACAAGGAACUGGCAUGCACAAAGGACCAGGGGCAUGCACAGCAGUUUGUUGGGGGAAGGCAGGUGGGUAUGAGGGCUUGUGGGGAGAGGGGGUGAGGAUGUUAAAGGGAAGAGAUGAGAAAGGACAGGAGGUAGCAGGGAGGGCUUGAAGAACCUUCUGGUUUGAGCAGAACCUUUGAGUGCUGUCUUACAAGCUGUCCAGUGGAACUCAGACCUCAAAUUUGCAUUUUCAACUCCAACUCCUCAGCCCAGUUAACUGUAAGGAAGAUUAUUUAGUGGUGAGGGAUGCUGGAGACAAAAAAUAAAAAACAAAAACCAAAAAAAAAAAAAAAACAAAACCAGGAAGUGAUCCCAGAGAGUGUGGUUGACCCAAAGUAGCUAAGCACAGGCAAAGCAGGAUGGGAAAGCUCCAAGGCCACCAACGAGGUCAGGCUGAGGAGGCAUCUGAUGGUCACCUUUUCCAUUAGGCAAGGUCUGCCUGUGACUGUGGGGGUGGGGUUGUUAUAAACCAUCAUGGGAACCAGCAGAGAAGACAACGAUGGCUCCAGUUUAGAGACAGGAAAGGUUGAACCACCAAGGCCUUAGAGGAAUGGAUGCAAUCGGGAGUCAUGGAAACAGUCGUCGUGGUCCUCCACGGGGACAUUUUCAGGACAGCUGGGACAGGGGGUAAGGAUGGGAACUGUUGUGUUGAGGAGUCGUAAAUACUGCAGAGAGGCUGCAGAGCUGCAAGGGUGCUGGGCACACAUCAUGCAGCUGUGUAGCCGCAGGCCACAGAUGGGGCAGCUCUUCUAAGGAGCUGGUUAUGCCGGAGGAGGAAGGUGGCACUGUGUCUGCCCUUCCUUUGCUCAUGCCUGACUCUCAGGUGGCAUAAUUCACUGACAGGAACCACUUGGCUGUUACCUCACCCUGCUUAUGGGCUGUGACUGUCUGAAGGCCUCUGAGACCCGAGGCUCAUGAUCUGCUGUGCCCAUGCUGAACUUAUGCAUGGUUCUGACACUGUGGGCCAAUAUGAUGGCUGUCUACUAUUCCUAGAUAGCAAGUCAGGGGAAUAGCUUGAGUUUGUGGGCUAUAGAUGGCCAGGAAUCCUCUCAGACCUGUCUUCUUGUCUCUAUGCCAUGAUGACCGAUCUACCUAGGAUGCAAGUUCUCACAGAGAACACAGAAUGCUCACCUUGAAAUCCCCAGCUCCAAGCCCUAACCCAGUGCUAGGGCCAUCAAUUCUUUCCUCUGCAUGACAUACCACUAUUGAGCCAAAAGCUCGGUCGGCAUCUUGGAGAUCCCCACGGCCCUGCCCCUCCGUGCUGUGUUUUCCCUUCCAGGCCCAUAUCAUGCUCUGUUUAAUCAAUUUCAAGUGGCAGUCUCUUCAGCCUGUUGUCCUGUCCUGCUCUGUGUUUGAAGCAGCCUUUGAACUGGUCCCCACCAUCCCCGCCCAAUAUACAUGUAUAAGCAUCUGUACGGACUGAAUGUUGGUGACCCUCAUCCCUCAGUGUUGAAGCCCUAAUCCCUAAUGUGAUGGUGGGGCCUCAUGGAGGUUUUUAGUUGCUCAUAAGGAUGGAGCCUCAUGCUGGGAUUAGUGUCUUCAUAAGAGGAAGAGAACAGAGGUAUCUCUAUCCUGGAGGCCACAGCUCCAGGGUACCUGUGGACAAUGAAUAAAGGCCCUCCGUGGGCACUGGAUGAGCCAGAA